AUGGCGACCCAUUUGGAAAUGCCUGCAGAGGAGAUUUGCUCAGAGUGUCAUACCAACAAUAGCAAUGAGGUAGGGCAGGGCAGAGCAGAGCAGAGCAGAGCAGAGCAGAGCAGAGCAGAGCAGAGCAGAGCAGAGCAGAGCAGAGCAGAGCAGAGCAGAGCAGAGCAGAGCAGAGCAGAGCAGAGCAGAGCAGAGCAGAGCAGAGCAGAGCAGAGCAGAGCAGAGCAGAGCAGAGCAGAGCAGAGCAGAGCAGAGCAGAGCAGAGCAGAGCAGAGCAGAGCAGAGCAGAGCAGAGCAGAGCAGAGCAGAGCAGAGCAGAGCAGAGCAGAGCAGAGCAGAGCAGAGCAGAGCAGAGCAGAGCAGAGCAGAGCAGAGCAGAGCAGAGCAGAGCAGAGCAGAGCAGAGCAGAGCAGAGCAGAGCAGAGCAGAGCAGAGCAGAGCAGAGCAGAGCAGAGCAGAGCAGAGCAGAGCAGAGCAGAGCAGAGCAGAGCAGAGCAGAGCAGAGCAGAGCAGAGCAGAGCAGAGCAGAGCAGAGCAGAGCAGAGCAGAGCAGAGCAGAGCAGAGCAGAGCAGAGCAGAGCAGAGCAGAGCAGAGCAGAGCAGAGCAGAGCAGAGCAGAGCAGAGCAGAGCAGAGCAGAGCAGAGCAGAGCAGAGCAGAGCAGAGCAGAGCAGAGCAGAGCAGAGCAGAGCAGGGCAAGCAAGGCAUGGUGAUGUGA